CUUCGAUAAAAGUCUUGUCGCAUUUAUAUCUCACAUCUACAGCCCAAUAUGCUUGCCUGGUAUCAAAGAAAGCUCAUCCAGCGUCCGCUAUUGACGCAGAGUCUGACGACUGCCACUCUCUUCGCUCUCGGCGACGGCAUCGCCCAACAGGCCGUCGAAAAGAAGGGUCUCGCGAACCAUGACGUAGCCCGCAGUGGCCGGAUGGCUUUGUAUGGCGGUGCAAUCUUCGGUCCCGCGGCCACAAAAUGGUUCCAGUUCCUCCAGAAUCGCAUCCAACUCUCCUCCCCGCGCCAGACUCUCGUCGCCCGCGUAGCAACGGACCAGUUGGCGUUCGCUCCCACCAUGACAGGUGUCUUUUUGAGUACGAUGUCCGUCCUGGAGGGAUCGAAUCCGCGAGAGAAGUUGCACAGGACGUAUUGGGAUGCGCUUCGGGCCAAUUGGAUGCUUUGGCCUGCCGUCCAGGGCGUGAAUAUGUAUUUUGUGCCGUUGCAGUUCAGGGUGUUGGUGGUUAAUGUUGUUAAUAUUGGUUGGAAUUGUUUCUUGAGUGUGCUGAAUGCAGCGCCGACGGAGGAGUUGUUGCCGAUGGUUUGAUUGAGUCUCCAGAUGAAGUGCCGGGGUAGAUCUUGCAUCUCUGGAAUCCAUGUAAUUGUACAUAAAGCGGGGGAGUAGCACCGUGGAGCCUAUC